CUUCGUGCGCAAUGAGGUCACUCAGACAAGCAUUUCACAAACGUUAUUGACACUCAUGACAUCAUUAUAGACAAAAUAUUUUGUGUAUGUAUGUUUUAAAGGUUUAGAAGGAGACCGGAAGAUAGCUGUGUGACGGAACAGGAUUUUUUAUUUUGUUGUGUUUUGAGCCAAAUGACAGAGUAUAAAUUGGUCGUGGUAGGAGCUGGUGGUGUAGGUAAAAGUGCCUUAACCAUUCAGUUAAUCCAAAAUCAUUUUGUAGAAGAAUAUGACCCUACAAUAGAGGAUUCCUAUCGAAAACAAGUUGUUAUAGAUGCUGAAACAUGUUUAUUAGAUAUCCUAGACACAGCAGGUCAAGAAGAGUAUAGUGCUAUGAGAGACCAGUAUAUGCGGACAGGAGAAGGUUUUUUAUGUGUGUUUGCUGUCAAUGUGGCCAAAUCAUUUGAAGAUAUCAAUACAUAUAGAGAACAGAUAAAAAGAGUGAAAGAUGCAGAUGAAGUUCCUAUGGUCUUGGUUGGUAAUAAAGUAGAUCUACAAACACGUAAUGUAGAUCCUGUACAAGCUAAACAAGUAGCUGAUAGUUAUGGUAUACCUUAUGUUGAAACAUCAGCUAAAACACGACAAGGUGUUGACCAUGCAUUUUAUACUUUAGUUCGUGAAAUUAGACAAUAUUCGGCAACAAAAAUCAGCAACCAAGAGUACAUAUUUUCUUCUGACUUUGAUACCAAACAUAGAUCAUUUCUUUUGAAGUGUACACUACGUAGGUAA